GAAACAAGCUUUGUCUGUUAAAUAUGUAACAAGCCUGCCCUAAUCUUUACAUCGCGUAUGGGGGAAAUACAACCAGGGCACAAUUCUCGUGAAAAACUACCGACGUUAGUUGUUAUAUUUGCACGUACAGCGUGCGACCAGUAAAGUGUAACGGGAAAGAAGGGAUGCUGCUGAGGGAGGCUGUUCAGACCACCGGCGGAUACGACAACAAAUAGCUGAACCCUAUCACCGUCUCCUUUACAAACAUAUCUUCACCGGACUUAAGCCGCGCAGGAUGUAAACAAAGCGACAGCCACAUGUGCACCGUGAAGAAGAGAAGAUGGCACUGGUUGUGGUCGGUGCGUUCCUGUGCCUGUUUUGUUGGGUCUCUCUUUACUUUAUCUUGUGUAACUUUAACGGGUCCAGGAGCUACGAGUGGAACUGUCGCCUCGUCACGCUGGUACACGGUAUCCUGGCAGUCUGCAUCACCGGAUACAUAGGCUAUGUGGAUGGACCGUGGCCUUUCACUUACCCAGGUACGAAGAACACUCCUCUGCAGAUAAGUGCCAUGGUGGUGAGCCUGGGCUACUUUAUUUUCGAUAUGGCCUGGUGUGUGUACUUCCGCACAGAGGGACCGGUUAUGCUGGCCCACCACACCAUGAGCAUCCUGGGAAUCCUGUUGACCCUGUGGUUGGGGGAGUCUGGCAUUGAGUCCUGCGCGGUACUCUUUGGCAGUGAAAUCACCAACCCCCUCCUGCAGGCACGCUGGUUCCUCAAACAGACAGGACGUUACGGGACGCUGCUGGGGGACAUUGUGGACAUCUUGUUUGUGCUGCUGUUUGUGGUGAUGCGAGUCUUUGUGGGAGGCACAAUGCUGUACUGUGAGCUGAUCUCCCCAAGACCCAGAUUCUUUAUCAAGUGUGGGGGAGUGGCUAUGUACGCUCUAUCCUGGGUGUUUAUGGUGGACAUUGUUCGAUUUGCAAUUCGGAAGAGCAAGAGCUGGCACAAACAGAAGAGAGACCAGCAGGAGGCAGUGGCAGCUAAUGGUCAUGAAGGGAAGAAGGACUGAUUGGUUUGUGCUUUUCUAAAGGAAGUCCGAGUCUGUGUUUUUCACUUUGGACAUGCAAGUGAAAGUGCAAAGAAAAUCAACUUUUUAUAUGUUACACAGAAAUUACAAAAGGGAUAUUUCAACAUCAUAGUUUUCUAUUUUGAGACGUAUCCCAUGACAUCUG